AUGGUAUCCUAUGAUGUGGAAACACAGAAGGGGGAGCCAGCAAGUGUGCUUGGCUCUCCCAAAGAGCACUCCUCGGCCGAGUUCGAUCAACCACCACAUAACCACGAUGACUACACCAUUCAUAUCCAAGCCGACAAGCUUGCUCGCAGGCUCAGCGCUCGCCAGGUCCAAAUGAUUGCAAUAGGUGGUACGAUCGGUACGGGCCUUUUUCUCGGGACUGGAAAAUCUUUGGCCACUGGUGGACCAGCGUCGAUUUUGAUCGCCUAUUCCAUUGUCGGUGCUAUCGUCUUUGUCACUAUGCUUUCAUUGGGAGAGAUGGCAGCAUAUGUUCCCGUAGCUGGUUCCUUUUGUACAUAUGCUGGCCGCUUUGUCGACGACGGCCUUGGAUUCGCCCUCACCUGGAACUAUUGGUUCAAUGAUGCCGUUUCUACUGCCGCAGACAUCAUCGCCCUACAGCUGCUGCUCAAAUUCUGGACGGACAACUUUCCAGGCUGGGCGAUCAGCUUGAUCUUUUUGAUAGUGGUUGUGGCAUUGAAUUUCAUGCCUGUGAGAGUUUAUGGCGAGGUCGAAUAUUGGCUAAGCCUGCUCAAAGUCAUCACGAUCUGCAUUUUCAUUAUUCUCGGCAUCGUCGUCAACUGUGGCGGCAACAGAGACCACAAAUACAUCGGCGGCCACAAUUGGCACAUUCCAGGGGCUCCGUUCCAUGGAGGCAUCGGUGGGUUUGCCAGUGUGUUCGUUACGGCGUCGUUCGCAUAUGGAGGAACCGAGUCGAUCGCUGUGACAGCGGGAGAAACGCAAAAUCCGGCAAAGAACCUCCCUAAAGUCGUGCGCAAUGUAUUCUGGCGAAUCCUCCUUUUCUACAUAAUCAGCGUCUUGAUUAUCGGUCUAAAUGUUCCAUGGAACUAUCCGAAUCUAUCCCAGAAAUCAACUGCGACCAGUCCAUUCACAAUCGUUUUCACUCAAGCUGGAAGUAAUGCGGCAGGUAGUUUCAUCAACGCAGUCAUCAUGACGAGUGUUAUAUCUGCUGGAAAUCAUGCUUUGUUCGCAGGUUCUCGGUUGAUGUACACUCUUGCCGUUGAUGGAUAUGCCCCUAAGUUCUUAGGUCACUUGAACCGCUUCCAGGUUCCUUGGGUGGCUGUGUUGGCAACUUCGGCGAUAUCAGGACUCUGCUUUGGCGCAAGCUACAUCGGAGCAGGCCAGCUGUGGUCAUGGCUCCAGAAUCUUGUUGGAGUAUCAAAUCAGAUAUCCUGGAUAUGUAUCGGUUUGUCCUCCCUACGGUUCCGAGCAGGUAUGAAAGCUCAAGGUCUGGAGCAUCUCCUGCCAUUUCGAAACUGGACGUAUCCUGUUGGACCCAUCCUGGCAGUUGGCCUCAACAUCGUCAUAGUACUCGUUCAAGGCUGGUCUUGUUUUAGUCCAAAGUUCAGUGCGGUGGACUUCGUGUCUUACUACAUUGAGAUUCCGAUUAUGUUUGUCAUGUUUGUGUUCUGGAAGCUCUUCAAGCGCACAAAAUUUGUGCACGUGGAUCAGAUGGAUCUCGUUACAGAUCGCUAUGACCUCCACCCAGAUCACAAGGCGGAGAUUGAAGCUAGGACUGAGAAUGGUCAAGUUGUUGUCAACCAGAGCAGGUGGCGCAUGUCUUUGAAGGAAGGCCAAGAAAACACCUUCCUUGGAAGACUGAAGAGAGUCGGAAUGUGGUUAUUCUUUUGA